AUGCAACACAUCACAAGAUUGGCAGUCCUCUUAAAACUACUUCUAGCAAAAUGCCUGCAUCACAGAUGGUUGCUGAAAGCGGUGAAAUUUCAACUGAAACAGCAUCAUUUGGAAUGUCUUGAUUUUGGUUUCCUGAGGCACAGUUGUGCCUCAGGUGUGAUCCGUACUCGCGUAGGAUUCAGUGGGGGCACCAAGCCUAACCCAACAUAUAGGAGUCUUGGAGACCAUACUGAAACUACGGAAGUUGUGUACGAUCCAACCAAAACCAAUUAUUCCAACUUGCUAAGUAUGUUUUGGAAAAACCAUGAUUCUACACAGAAGUGUACAAGACAGUACAUGUCUGCUGUUUUUUACCACAAUGAAGAACAAAAACGUUUAGCGAUGGAAUCAUUGGAAAAUGCGCAAAAGACCUUAACAAAGCCAGUUCAAACACAAAUUUUGAAGGGCUCUACUUUCUAUGAAGCCGAAGACUAUCACCAGAAAUAUUUGUUGCAACAGCACCCAUGGCUCAUGAACGCUUUAGAUAUUGAGCCAGGUCCUGAACUGAACCAUUCAUACGUUGCAAGUCGUCUGAAUGGCUACAUUGGCGGCUACGGAACUCUGGCAAACUUUGAAGCGGAAUUGCCUAGUUUGCAUCUUGAUGAUAAAAUCGCAGACUACAUAAGACGCGCAAUGCAAAAUGGAAGUCGUGUUAAUUGUUAGUAUGCAUUGUUUUUCAAAUCUUACUGUUAUACCACACUAGUUACGUCAUAUACAUCUUUUGCUCGAAAUUUGCUGAAGAAGUGCGUAUGAUUCGAGCAGAAUUACCUUGUUCUCAAGUUUCUGCUCGUUGAAGGUUUUCGCAGUUCUGAUUUCAGUCACAAUUUCAACAAUUAAGAAUACAUAAUGACUGGGUCAUUUAAA